UGCCUUCGACGUGUGUUUCAGUAACGGUCAAACAUGUAACUGCACUUCCCCUCCUCCCGAUUUACCCACAAGACCACAACUUUGUGAUGUUACAACUGAUGCUCCCGCUGUCACGACAUCAGAAUCUACAACUGCUCACCAACAUCCAGAUGUUACAACGGAUAGCCAAGUUGUCCCAACCACAGAUGUUACAACUGAUGCUCCCGCUGUCACGACAUCAGAAUCUACAACUGCUCACCAACAUCCAGAUGUUACAACGGAUAGCCAAGUUGUCCCAACCACAGAUGUUACAACUGAUGCUCCCGCUGUCACGACAUCAGAAUCUACAACUGCUCACCAACAUCCAGAUGUUACAACGGAUAGCCAAGUUGUCCCAACCACAGGUAAAUGGUGCAAACUCCUAAAAUCAUCAUACUUGCAUUGACCACCAUCCCAACCCAUCCCCCACUCGUCCUGAU